AUGUCCAAAGAAAAGGACGAGAGCGUGGAAACCAUGGAGAAGGCUCACGUCGACGUCGUCCAUGAUGAAGAUCCUCAUAAAGAAGUUCCCAUCACUGCGUCAGGGCAAUCUGCUGUCAACCCCUUCCUCUUCUUCACCUGCGCAACUUUCGCCGCUGCUUCGUUCCUCUUCGGUUUCGACGACAAAGUGAUUUCCCCCAUCAUCGCCCUCCAGCCAUUUGUCGAUCAUUACCAAGGCCUCAACCCCACAACACACAAGCUCGUCUUCACGGCCAAAAACCAGAACUUGCUUUUCGCGGUCCCUCUCGUCGGAUCCAUCCUGGGCGCCAUAGCUGCCUAUCCCCUCAACAACAACCUCGGUCGGAAAUGGACACUCGUCUCUGCAUAUGCCUUCUCGAUCGGAGGGUGCUUCCUGCAGCUCUUCUCUCCCAACCUGGCCGCCUUCAUCGCCGGUCGCUUCUGGGUCGCGUUCGUCAUGGGCAUCGCCAACUCGACCGCGCCGCUCUACCUCUCUGAAGCCGUUCCCGUCGCCAUCCGAGGCCGUGUCGUCUCUUGCAUCAACAUCAUGAACCUCUUCUCCGGCGUCAUUGCCACCUUGGUCGUCUACGGCACGCACACUCGCACCGAUUCGCUUUCCUACAAGAUACCCUUGGCCGUGCAGUGCGUCUUGCCUGUGCUUCUCAUUCCAAUCACUGCCGUCCUUCCCGAAAGCCCGCAGUGGUUGAUUGGAAAAGAUCGCAUGGAGGAGGCACGAGCGAGUCUGCGCAAGCUCCGCGGCUUCAGUGAUGCCGAAGUCGACGAGGAACUGCGCGUUAUGCGUCUGUGUGAGGAGACCGAGCGGUCAGUCUCUACCGAGGUCAGCUUCUGGCACAUCUUCGACAAGUCUCAAAUCAAGCGCACCAUCACCGCCGGGUCCUUCUUCUCUUUCAACCAGCUGUCCGGUAUCUUUCUCUCCACCACGUAUGCCACCGUCUUCCUGGUCGAGAUCAACGUGGCCAACGAGUUUGCCCUUACGAUCAUCGCCUCUUGCUGCACGCUUGCCGGAACAAUCGCCGCGCCCUUCCUCAUCGAGCGGCUGGGCCGUCGUCCACUCGCAUUCACCGGCAUGGCCGCCAUGCUCGCACUCAACGCCGUGGCAGGCGGGCUGGCCUUCGACAUGGGGAACCGGCAAGCAGUGCUGGGCAUCGCAGCGGCAUCCUUCAUGUUCAACUUCUUCUGGGGCGCGUCCUUCUUCCCGCUGUCGAACGUCAUGCCAUCGGAGAUCCCGACCGUCAAGCUCCGCAGCUUCACCAUGACGUGGACGAUUGCCUGGGCGCAGACGACCGCCGUCAUCACCACCAUCGUCGUGCCCCAGCUGACCGCGGCAGAUGGUGCCGGCCUCGGCGCGAAAACCUACCUCGUGUUCGCUGGCUUCAUGGUAGCCAUCAUCAUCUUUGUCUACUUCCUCAUGCCUGAGACAAGAAAUAGAACUUUUGCAGAGAUCGACGAGAUGUACGAGGCUAAGAUCCCCAUGUGGAGAUGGCGAUCUUAUAAGACGUCGACGGAUGCUAAGAGCACGUCGAUCGCGAACAUGACUGAGCAGUUGACGGCAUAG